AGCGGCGAUUAUCGCUUUCCAUAGAGGAUCCUGCUGUUGAAACAGCAGAGGAAGCUAAGGAACCAGCAGAGGCAGACAUCAAUGAACUCUGUAAAGACAUGUUCAACAAAAUGGCCACUUAUUUAACAGGUGAACUGACAGCCACCAGUGAAGACUACAAACUCUUGGAAAAUAUGAACAAGCUGACUAGCUUGAAGUACCUAGAAAUGAAAGAUAUUGCUAUAAACAUCAGUAGAAAUCUGAAGGAUUUAAAUCAAAAAUAUGCAGCUCUUCAGCCAUAUCUGGAACAAAUUAACCUAAUUGAAGAACAGGUUGCAGCUCUGGAGCAGGCAGCUUAUAAAUUGGAUGCAUAUUCCAAAAAACUUGAAGCCAAGUACAAAAAACUGGAGAAACGGUGAAAUUACAACAGUCUUUAAGUUGGAGUUGGGCUAUGAGUCAGGCUGAUUUCUGUUUAAGUUGCACAACAGCAAUUCUGUAUGUUGACAAGAAUUUGGUUACAACUAACAUCCAGACUGGUAACUUUUUCUAUCUAUUGAAUACAGUAGGCUGUAUUCAGGCUUAAGUCUCAAUAAUAUUUUCCUCUUUUCAAGAGGUUCUGUCGCCUCAGUUGUUCUGCAGUGAAAAUUAGAAGCCUGUCCCUAAUGCAUAUGUUGGUAUUGGCUAUCUGUGUAUGUCCUAUGUCCAUAAAUACUCCACCUAGGAAAAGCCCUCCAUAAACUACAAAGACAUGUUCCCUUAGUAGCAGCAGGACCUAAACUUCAUUUUUUCCUUCGUUUUGCUCUGCACUGAGAAGAUACACGGGCUUUUGGAGUUAUGAGCAUGGUAUUGAAAACACUUUGCUUUGGUAUCCACCUUUUAUCUGUUUGAAAUAGAGAGACUAAUUAUUAUAAAUUUACAAUAAAACAACUUGCUGCAUUUGUCUCUCUGGAAUCUCAAAUUCCUGUUGGAAAGAUUGUCAGUUGUCGUCUUAUCUUUUCAAAGGGUCUGUUAAUAAAGACAAACUCCUUGCAGCUACUGUAAAUCAUAGAAUAGAACAUGUU